AUGACGAUGGUCAUUGAGAACCAGAACCGCCAAUACGGCGGGAUGGGCUUCGAUAACGUGUAUCAACACAACAUGCACCACAGCGCUCCGCAGUUCACCGACCCAUGGACCGCUCAAACUUCGUCCCAUUCCACUCCUCCGGUCUACGCGACUUCCAUGGGACCCAGCCAGAUUGGCCUCAGCCAUGUUAAGCAGGAGGAAGUGAGCCGCCCACCGAUGUCUAUGCCAUACUCGAGUAUUCCCGUUUCCGCUCCCUCGAUGGUCGCCGGGAGCAACUACCCUACUGCUACUGCUUCGAGUUACCCCGGACCGGAGAUGAUGGGUUUGUCGCACGACAUGCCGCGCACUUCUUUCGAUCAAGCCCCGGCCUACACUACCGCCUCGCCCAUGACCAGCUUCGCACCCGCGAGCUACGCCCCGCUCAGCUACGCUCCGUCUAUGCACCAACACCAGGACCGUCGGAUAUCUCAUGCUGAUGCUCGCGUCGGUCAAUCGCAACCCCCUUCCGCUCCAACAUUCGGAGACGCUCUUGAUGCCAGCCGUGGAAUGGUCGCGCUCAGCCAGGAUAUGACACCCCGCAAUAUCUACGGCCCUCGCAGCUCGCGAGGCUCGGGUGACUCUUACGGUUUCCCCUCGACACACUCUUCGGGAUCGUCGAUCUCUUCCGGCGGAAACUACCCCUACUAUUCCGCCUCUGUCGCAUCCGUGGAGUCCUCUGUGACUGAUUACAGCUCUACUACUUCGGAAUCUUACGAGAAUGGCCAUCUGUCGCGGACGCUGCCUCGCCCGUCAACCCUGUUGACGGGAAGUGCGCCUCCGGGACCCCAGUCGAUGAUGAGCCAAUUCAGCUCCAAGAUGCCGUCCAACACCCAGAAGAAGCACAAGUGCAAGGUGUGCGACAAGCGGUUUACCCGCCCAUCGUCUCUUCAGACUCAUAUGUACAGUCACACUGGUGAAAAACCAUUCGCAUGUGACGUGGAAGGCUGUGGCCGUCAUUUCUCCGUCGUCUCCAAUCUGCGGCGGCACAAGAAGGUCCACAAGGGAGAAAAGGAAGGUGCUUCGGGCGAAGACGAAGAGUAA